CUACGUAGUACAGUAGAAUUCCAUUUACCUGAACCCGUCAGAGGACAAAACGGUUCAUGUAACUGGAGCGUUCAUAUAGAGGACAUUGCAUACUUUAGUAUAUAACCUGAUUCCAGAUGCUAACAAAGUUAGAUUAAACUUUUGUGAUAUCUUUCUAAAAUUGUACUGUAUUAGAAAUGGCUGAAAAAUUAAAAUAUCUUAGAAUCUAUUUUGUCACAUGGAAUGUGGCAACAAAAUAUCCAGAUCAGGAUUUACAUGAUCUUCUUGAUCUCAGUCAUGUUAACAAAUCAAAAACAUUGCCAGACUUAUAUUUUAUUGGAUUACAAGAAGUUAAAGCUCAACCACAGAAUAUGGUAAUGGACAUAUUUUUCGAAGAUCCAUGGACUAAAGCUUUUAGAGAAGUAUUGAAGAAAUAUGAUUAUGUAAAAAUACGUACUCAACGUUUACAGGGUCUUGUUUUAAAUUUCUUUUGUUUAAGAAAACACAUUACACAUUUAAGACUAAUAGAGACUCAAUAUACACGAACAGGAUGUGGAGGCAUGUGGGGAAAUAAAGGUGCAGUGAGUAUAAGACUAAAUAUGUAUGGCAUUAACAUGUGUAUAAUAAAUACACAUCUAACACCACAUGAUCAUUUAUUGGCAGAUAGAAUUAUGGAAUAUAAUACAAUACUCACAAAUCAUAAUUUUAGUAAUUCAGAUACUUCUACAAUAUUAUUUCAUGAUUAUAUAUUUUGGAUUGGUGACUUAAAUUUUCGACUAACGGAUGAAAACUUAACUGCCACAGAGAUUAACCUCUUAGUUAAGAAAAAUCAAUUAAAAUCCUUACUAGCCAAAGACCAAUUAAAGAUGGUAAUGGAAAAUUGUGAAGCUUUUGCUGAAUUGGAUGAAAAUCCUAUAACAUUCCCCCCUACUUAUAAGUAUGAAUUUGCAUCUCAAGAAUUUGACCUAAAACGGCGACCAUCAUGGACUGAUCGAAUUUUAUACAGAGUAAAUGUGAAUGUUUAUAAGGAUGUUAAGCUGAGCGCUGUUCAACAUAGUUAUAAAAGUCAUUCCAAUUAUAUAGUUUCCGAUCAUAAACCUGUUACAGGAGAAUUUGAUAUCAUUAUCAGACCAGGUAUAGAAGAUCACGGUGUAGAAUUUCAACCUGUGUCAUCAUGGUUUAUAGAUGAAGAAAAUUCAGUAUCGUACAGACUAUUGGGAGAUGCCAGACCAGCCAGUGGUGACUGGGUGGGACUUUUUCACAAUGAAUUUUCCGGUUUAGACGAAUAUAUUGUUUACGAGUAUGUAGGUCGAGGUAAAUCGGCGCAAAUUCCUUCUGAACCUCAUACCAUCACUGAGCGGAUUUAUUUCAGCGAUGCUGCCUUACGAACAUCAGGGAUGUAUCGUUUAAUUUACGUUGCACAACGAAGAAAUCUUGUUGGAAUUCUAGGUAUUAGUCCACCGUUUCCAGGACAUCGCAGACCUACAUAAUAAAUUGGUUUGUGCAAUAUACAGUGAAUGUAUUCGUACAUUGAACAAUUUACAAUUUGUUCAAUCUUAGUUCAUUAAUUAAUUUGUGCAAAACUAUGAAUUCGUACGUAUUUUUCUUUCUAGAAUAUAUAAUACAGAAAAAAAUUAAUUAUUAAUUUA